AUGCCGCCGCAGAAGAAUCCGCCGGCCACCUUUACGGCGAAGGAGAUGAAGGCGCUUUGGCGUCCUCGCUUCCGGGAAGACCCGGAGCGAUAUUAUCCUCGAGUGGUUUUUGAUGACUUUGGCUUCAAGCGGCACAUAUGUCCAAAGUGCGGCACACUAUAUUGGCGCCGCACAGAGCUCCGCACGAUCUGUGGGGACUCAGAGUGCCUUGGAGAAUAUUCCUUCUUCGAUAAGCCUGAGCGUAAGGAUGACCCCUGGUCUAUGCGUCGUGUCUGGAACUCUUUUGCCCAAUCGUUUACACAAACCACUCCAGCUCAUACUAUUGUUCCUCGCUACCCCGUCGUUGCUAGAUGGCGCGAUGAUUGCGAGUUCACGGCCGCUGGGAUUCAAUGCUAUCAGCCUUUCUGUGUGACAGGGGAAAUUGAACCCCCUGCCAACCCGUUGAUUCAACCGCAGCUCUGUUUGCGCUUUAACGAUCUUGAUUCUAUUGGGCUUUCUGGACGUCAUUAUUCCGGAUUCACUAUGCUUGGCAUCCAAGUCUUCAAUACGAGCACAAAGUACGUUUAUUUCAAGGAGGAAAUUAUACGCUUCAACCUCGAAUGGCUUCAGACCAUGGGCAUAGACCUGGAUGAAGUGACCUUGAUAGCAGACGUAUGGGCUGGUGGUGGAAAUUUAGGCCCCUGUGUGGAGUACUUCAUGCAUGGCUUGGAGGUGGGCAACAUGGUUUUUAUGGAAUUCAAGGCGUUCGCGGAUGGAACCAUUGAGCCCCUUCCUGUCCAGGUUGUGGACGUCGGAAUUGGUCUAGAACGGAUUCCGUGGCUUCUUAAUCGCUCCGUCACCUCCUACAUUACCGCGUUCCCAACUGCCCUUAAGCAAAUGUCGCAACUCAUUGGUAUUACGGAUGAUGUAAUCAAUGGGGAUGUGUGGAGACGCUUUGGUCGCUAUUCCUGCCUGCUUAACAUAGAUGAGGUCAGUGAUAUCUCUCAGGCAUGGGCGCUUAUAAAGGAACGCACGGGGCUCACGACAGAAGACAUCACCAACGUGAUAGAGCCUGUUAGGCAGAUGUAUAUAGUGCUCGAUCAUCUACGCUCUCUCAUGGUUGCAAUCCAGGACGGGGCGCUUCCAUCAAAUGUUGGUGGGGGCAAUAACUUACGCAACGUUCUGCGCCGUGUCUUUCACAUACUUGUUAGCCGAGGAUGGUGGGAUGCAAUAGGAGGCAUUGACGGGCUUUGUCAGAUCAUAGACUAUCAUCGUCAAGACUUGGAGGAGGUCCACGGCGCCGGGUCGUUUCCCCCCUUCAAGCCUUUACGCGCAGUCUUAGAACUAGAAUAUACCCGGUGGACUACCACAGAUAAGGACGCUCGUGACAAGGUCGAAAAGCUUCUGAAGAAAGGAAAGGGACACCUAUCCAUCGAAGACUGGGUUACUAUUGUUACUACAUUUGGACUUAAUGCGGAUCAGGUCUCUGAGUUGACUGGAAUUCCCGUCCCAGAGAAUCUGUACAGUCACGUUGCUGAGCAGCAGGAGAAAAACGCCAUCAAGGUAGCCGUUGCACAGCUUUAUGACACUGUUUCUCUUCCCCCAACUGAUUGCGUUUAUUAUACUAAACCAUAUGGCGAAAAGCUCCGUAAGUUGGCUGACGCGAAGGUGGUCAGUAUAUUUGCCAACAUGGAAGAUAAGUCUAAGGGGAGGAACCUUGUUAUACUGGACAAGACUGUCUUUUAUCCUACUUCUGGGGGCCAGCAACAUGAUACCGGCGUACUCAAGUUUCUUCUUGGAAACGGCAAAAUGAUUAUCCAUGACGUUGUGGACGUAAGAAAGGUGGGCCACUGCGUAAUGCAUGAGUUGAACGCUCCUGUUGCUGACUCAAUUGUCCAGGGAACAAGUGUUUCAAUGGCAAUCGACUCUGCGCGUAGAGAUCAGUUGAUGUGUCAUCACACAGCUGCUCACGUCAUCCACGCUACCGCUAACAAGGUGCUGGGUCCUCAUGUUUGGCAGGCGGGUGCAAAGAAGACAACCGAAGUGGCCACUCUGGAUAUAACACACUAUCGUAGCCUCACCUUCGAUGAGGAGCGUGCCAUCGAACGCGAAGCAAACAGGAUGAUCCGCGAUAACAUUCCGAUAAGAAAGUACCAACUUCCAAAGAACGAAGCUGAAAAGAAGUACGGAUUUUCGCUGUAUCAGGGUGGUGUGGUUCCUGGAUCUACCGUUCGAUGCGUUGACAUAACAGACCAUGAUACAGAGGCGUGUUGUGGGACUCACUUGGAUAAUACCGGAAAGAUAGGGCUGAUUAGAAUCGUCAAAUCAACUCGCAUAUCAGAUGGUGUCGUCCGCCUCACUUUUGUCGCGGGAGAAAGGGCUCUCGACUUCACUGAUACUCAAAGUGAAAUUCUGCAUACACAGAUGGACAGGUGGGGUGUUGAUCAGGCUGGAAUUGUGAAGACAGGCGACAAAUUCUUUACAGCAAUGAAGCGCCUUGAAAAUCUAACUGUCCAGCUGCGUGGCGAACUACUAACUUCAAAUCUGACCUAUGCAGCGACGAGGAUCUCUAGCGCACUCACUGUCUUUGAAGUUUCAGAUGAGUCACCGACUCUGCUUCUAAGCUCUGCAGGAGAGCCGUGUCUCAAACUGCUAGCAGAUGACAAGGGGAUCUUGCAGACAACAGUUGCAUUUAUUGGGGAGACAUUCGUGUUUGCCGUGGGGCCCAGUUCAGGCUACGUCACAGCUAUUGAGCAAGAGGUCUCCAAGAUAUGCUCGUCGUGCAGGACGAAAAAGACUCCUCUUAGGAAGGGAGGAAAGAAAGCGAAGGGCAGCGAUCAGGCGGACGGCGAGAAUGUGCAACUCAUCAUCGUUGGCUUAACUCGCCCGGACACGACGGCUCUCUUGACAGUCUUGCGAAAUGUAGAGUAA